UACUCUCCGGGCUGUAACCACUUAUGUCCUAUGUUGCAAUUUGGCUCUAAGCAUGUCUGCAUUGGAGAUGUGCAUAUUUUCAAACAUUGUCAUGAAAUGACACUAUAAUUUUUGUUGUGGAUUGGGACAUACUGUAUAAGCUGUGUGGUUCAGCAAACAAGUGGAGUAAAGGAUUUGUCCUCUCUGGUAAGAUAUGAUGACAGUUCUUUAGCUGCAAUGAGGCAUGUUCAAAGUAUCAUACCCGUAGUACGACCACGCCCAAAUACACGCUCACACAGCGUCUUGUUACAUGUACUAUGUCUCUUCCCUGCUCAGAGGCGUCUGCGUCCCUCGCUCGCUUACCACUUUUUCAUAUCUCUAUUUUAUCAUGUUUAUUGCAAUGGCCAGCAGGAGCCUCUGCAGGGGAAUGAGUUACUCUGUAGUUUGUUUUACUGAGGAUUGCAAUGAUGCCUUGUUUUCUGAGUAUUUCUUUUUAAUGGACGCAAACAGUCUGCAAAACUGUGCUUCGUUUGUGACUCGUCAAAAACAGUUUCGAACAGUUUCUUUUUGCAACUGACAGUGAAAGCGUGGUCAAUUCUUUGUGUUUUUUGGGGGGGGCAAACAGUUUUAGGUUCUGCGAAACUAUGCACCUACCUCUCCCAUGGCCCAAAUUAAACUCUAACUUUUCUCUUAGGCAAAAAAUGUUGGAUUAAGGGAGGUGUAAGUAGGCAGUUUGCCAGAGUCUUUUAGUGUUACUUUCUCUCUUUCUUAUCUGUACGCUAAUGAUUUUUUUCUCAGUCAGAUUUAAACGCAAAUUUUUUGAUGUACAUUAUCUCGUACUUAAAUAGCAGGCUAUGAAUUGACUUGGUGUGUUGUUUUUUGGUUGUCUGGCAGUGAAUUAUGGAGUGUUGCUAUUACAAGCGUUAUUAGAACAUUGGCCUGAGACCUUUAGUGGGAUAGGAGAUGAAGGAGAUCAAGAACUACCAAGAGCUGACUCACCAGGUUUGGUCACAAUGCCACGGUUUAGGUCACAAUCCCACGGUGCUUUCCACGGAUUUUUCCCGUAUAACAUUAUUUGGGUAUUAUUGCCAAGGAGAUUUGGGUUCAAAAUGGUGACAAAAAUCAAUUAUGGUAAUCAACGAUGUUUUCCAGGGAAACAACCUGUAGAUAGAUGGAAAUCAACGCACUCAUAGGUUCUACUAAGUCAAGGCCCACUUAAAGCUUAAGAAUUGUUGACUAUAGUAAGUUCUCAAGAUAUCCGAUAAAUUCCAUUUACUUUAAAGGACCUAAUACAGUGCUUUAUUUCCACAGAAAGCGGCGACGCAAGUGCUAGCGAAGUAAACCUUAACCUUGAAUCUGUGAGUAGUUUAUAGAGCAGCUUUUAUCUUGUUAGUGGCUUAGCCAGUUCUGCAUUGCUACGCUUUAUGAUUGGAUAAAAACUUCACCUUCCUUUACAAAGAAGUAGAAUAACACAUUAAUUAUGUCAUCUGGGCAACAAUGAUCGCCUUUUAUAUAACUCUCUGACGUGGCAAACAUAGUCGCCUACCCGUAGCCGUAGUUAGAAACGCGCUAUAGCCCUGCCUCGUUUGUCACACCUAACCGUUUUGCGGUUCUCUUCUGCAUGCCGUCCUGUUGCAGGCGCGGAUCCACACCGGUUUCCACCGUUUUACGGAAAUCGGUCAGAUUUUUCAUAAUAAAUACAUUUUUAAUAAUAAUAAAACACUUUCCAAGUUGAAACGUGGGCAAUAUGCUACCUGAGUGACUCGAAACCCAGGAAAGGGGACUUGAAGAGUUAAACACCAAAACAUUUCUUGGGAAGCCUGCCCCCCAGACCCCCUUAGAUAGUGCUUGCGCCUUCGGCCCUCGUUUAGGAAAUCGGUCAGUAUUUAUUCCAGAUCCGCGCCUGUGUUGAGUAAGCUCACUAUUGCGUUUUGGUUUGGUUUAACAGCGUGUGUUAACUGGAAAUGGAUUCUAUAGUGUUCCUGAACACACACCAUUAAUAUUCAACGAGUGUAGCGGAACAGGACGAACCUUGUUCAGAUUGCUGGUUUCUGACGCAUCUGGCGAGAAUGAAGGAUAUCUUCUUCCCGAGAUUGUACCGCUCUGGGUUGUGGAUGUUACUGUCAAGGUAAGGAAAGAAGAAGUCAUUGUUGGGACGAAAUGUGAACUUCUCUGGGCAAAACUUGAAGUUUAUUCAUCACUAAUGCUGGUGACGGGAUAAGCAGGUUAGAAUUAGUGCGAGCAACCAAGAGCAGGCCUCAGAUCUUCAGACCCCAGUUGCUCAAAGGGUGGAUAACGCUCUCCAGUGGUUAAAUCUCUGUCCGCUGGAUAGUGAUUUAUCCGGUGGAUAGCGCUAUCGAACGUUUGAAUAACAGGCCCAGGGUUGAUCAACAUCUAGCAUGCGCGGGCUGUUAACCUUGGAGCAUUUUCACGUGUCUGUGGCGGACUGCUGGCUAGGACAUGUCAGACACUCGGAGAAAGCAAAGGAAAGAAUGCUUGGAAGCCCCGGCAGCCAGAAGUAAAUUCUAGCAACAUCAAGGAGAAGAGUUUUUCAAGGAGAAGGGUAUUUCUGCUGUCCUCAUCUCCCCCAAGCAACGUUGAUUGUGUUGAAAAAGACGUGGAUGCAUAACGUCAACACUGGGGAGGGGGUGGGGGGGAGGGGUAGGGAAAAUGCGUCAUUUUGACGUAGGCCCCAAUAGAAAGGUUUUUACAUGUAUUUACCUAUCAGUUUACCGUUCGCCUAAGAUUAUUUGUGAAGUGCUCUUUGAUGAUAUUGUACGCUGUGUUAUCUUUCCACAGAAACUGAUGCCUAAAUUUAACAAGAUUGCAUUUUUCUUGUCACCGCACUCUUCAAGUUCUUCAAAAGCGUUAAAGAGGUAAAGCUUGAUACUAUGAUAGUUAAAAUCAAAUACUGAGGCUAUAAUCACACUAUCCCGUAUGGUUUUCGUGCAUGCGGUAAAGCUUUCCGGUUCAGUGUAAACACCUAUCCGAUACGUGACGCUCCACUUUAGAGAUCGGCGCGGCGCAGCUUCGCUCCGUUACAGAAAUCGCGCCGAAGUCUCGGUUCUUAUGUGAGAACAGAAACCCUAUCCGAUAUUGCUUUCAUGGCGGCCCAAAAUCUAUCCGGUAUAGUGUAAACGUGUCCUUAAUGCACUCGCGUUGUGGCCUGACUGUGUUUAAUCUAAAUGAACGCAUUUUGUAGUCAUCUCUUCAUUGUUGGUUGAUCCACUGAGGAGCCAGGAAACAGUAUUUAUGCUAAAGUUAGUGAAUUGUGUUUUCAGGGAUCGGCUGUCAGCCAGUGAUAUGCUUCACGUGCGAAAAGUGAUUGAGCACGUGUAUGAGAAGGUGAUAGGAAAUGAUAAUAGCAAUAACUCAGGUAACCAGGCCGAUAAAGAGCAGGCCGGGCCACCAACCGAGCAACAACUGGAGGAGUUAGGCGCAUUAGCUGAGGCCCGGGUCGAGCUGCUGUGUCAUGAACAGGUGGGUUUUUGAAGGACUUGAAGAUUCCGUAUUAGUACGUAAGUAACGUAAUCAGACAGACCCGUACAUACUGACUUGAAUGACUUAUAGUCAUUCAAACGGUCGGUAGAUCAAAGUCUCUCAGUGAUGAAUUUUUCAAGUCAGCCAGACAUAUUAUUACAUAUCAUUAUUUCAGGAAAUCGAUCAGUCACCCAGUAAGUCACUAAGCCACUCACUCGCUCUCUUUUGUUUUAGUUAAUUUGUUAUCCUAGUAAAUAGAGAUAUACUGCUAUUCAGUAGUUUGUUUGUUCGUUCUUUCGUUUAUUCAGUUAGUAAGUCAAUCAGUCAGUUUCUUAAUUUGUCAACUCAUCAAAAUUUAAGAGAUUUCAUUGGUUUAUUUCUUGAUCCACCCAUUUGUUAGCCUGCGAACCCAGACGUGUAUCUGUUGCGUAACUUUUUUCCACCCAAAAACCCAGUAGGGAGCUUAAGCAGCAACGUUUCUGAGCGACGCACGUCAACCGGAAGUGGCCUUUUCUCAUUUUUUGACGGUGGUUUCGCGCAAAUUUUCAGUCAAAUCGCCUCUAUAACAGUAAAGAAGCUAAGGAAUACAAAUUUUAUAUCAUCAAGGCAUGUUAAGAGGGAAAAUACCUCACUUCCGGUUGACGUGCGUCGCUCAAAAACGUCGCUGCUUAAGCUCCCUAGUAGCUCGGGUUCACAGACGUUACUUUUCGGAUAGAGAGAAGCGAAGACCCGAAAUACGACUGCGUUCGCAGGCUAUUUUUUUUGUAAUCUAAUAAUAUUUUCACUCGGUUAAGCUUUUCCUCCUGUUUACCUCUCCUUAAUAUACCUACACUCUGUAUUGUUGUCAGGUUAAGCUGCAUUUUUUCUUUCUUUAUAUCAGGUUUUAGAUCCAAACGUGGAUUUGCGAACAGUCCGGCAUUUUAUUUGGAAAGGCGGAGGAGACCUGCUACUACAGUAUCGGAUCAUGAAAUAGAAUGAACAGAAAGGAAUCAACUUGGCUAUAGUAGCCCAGGCUUCUUAUUUGGCGGCACUCCUCAUAAACGAGGGUAGACUGAUGCGAUUAUUUGUUCGUCGCUGUAGCAUCGUGUACACUGCGGUUGUCGGCUUUGCUGCGAUGUAACUGGCCAGCUUUGGUCAGUGUGUCGAAAGCCUCUGCAAGCUGUGUAUGAAACGUAAACUGAGACAAGAUCAUCAUUAGCGUCGAUAAAAACAUGUGCGACAUAAUCGUGGAUGCAGACAACUGUGGACUUAAAGGAGAAGGGAAAACCUUUAAAAAAAUAAAAGUGGUAUUAUCUGUCUCUGUUACACGUGACUGCCUUGCACUAUGCAAGCCAUUGCCGCUUGUACAAUGUAAAAAGAUGGGACAGGCGUUUCAAGUUAAAGCCCAAGUGACAGCAAAACAUCAGUGUGAAACAUGUCAAAGUUUUCAUUUUGUAUAUUGUUGGUGGACUAUUAUACACAGUAACCUGAACAGUGUGGCAGCAUAAGAAGCCCACCUCGUUUCCAGGGCCUCUCCUGUUACCGAAUGAAAA